AGAUGUUGUUUGUUCGGUCUGUUCUGUCGUUGUGGUGUCUUGUGAUGUUUUCUAAUCUGCUAUCUCUUGAAAGCUCUUAUUAUUGAACAAUUAUUUAAAUCUCUAGUGCCCUAAACGUUAAGUACUUUGGUUUAUUAAUCUUUCCAAGCUGUAUUCAUUCAAAAAAAGUUCAUCCUUUAAAAUGGAUGGACCAGUAACGUCGGAUAUUGUUAUACUCAACGGAAAUUCACAUCCAGAACUUGCUACUCUCGUUGCUAAUCGCUUGGGCGUCAAGAGUGGAGGAUGUAGUGUGUAUCACAAAGUUAACAGAGAAACUAUGGUGGAAAUCGGUGAUUCGGUUAGAGGAAAGGAUAUCUACAUAAUUCAAACGGGUACCAAAGAUGUUAACAAUAACAUAAUGGAGCUUCUAAUAAUGGCUUACGCAUGUAAAACGUCUUCGGCUAAAAAUAUUGUAGGAGUCAUACCUUACCUUCCAUACAGUAAGCAAUGUAAAAUGAGGAAGCGAGGUUGUAUCGUAUCAAAGUUGGUAGCGAAAAUGCUGUGCAACUCAGGCUUGACUCAUGUUAUCACAAUGGAUUUACACCAGAAAGAGAUACAGGGCUUCUUCGAUUGUCCCGUUGAUAAUUUGAGGGCUUCACCGUUCUUGCUACAGUAUAUUCAAGAUAGUAUCCCCGACUACCGUAACGCAGUGAUAGUGGCGCGCAACCCGGGCUCGGCGAAGAAGGCGACCUCGUAUGCGGAGCGGCUGCGGCUGGGCAUUGCCGUCAUUCACGGCGAGCAGAAGGAGGCCGAGUCUGACAUGGUAGAUGGCCGCUACUCACCGCCGCCCCCCGCCGACCAUAGCCCGCCGCCGCCCCCGCGCACCAUGGAGGUGGUCAGUGUGGGCGUGCCGCAACACCCCGCCAAGGAGAAGCCGCCCAUCAAUGUGGUUGGUGACGUCGGCGGCAGGAUUGCUAUCAUGGUGGAUGAUAUGGUAGAUGACGUGCAGUCGUUCGUGGCAGCGGCCGAAAUCCUGAAGGAGCGAGGUGCCUACAAAAUCUACGUGCUGGCCACUCACGGACUCCUCUCGUCCGAUGCGCCAAGGCUUAUCGAUGACUCACCCAUCGAUGAGGUUGUUGUAACCAAUACUAUUCCACACGAUGUGCAGAAAUUGCAGUGUCACAAAAUAAAGACUGUGGAUAUCAGUGUGCUGCUAUCUGAGGCGAUUCGACGCAUUCACAACAAGGAGUCCAUGUCAUAUCUUUUCAAAAAUGUUACUCUAGAAGAUUAAGGUGCAGUUAGAUAUAGCCAGAUUAGUUGACUCCACUUAUUUGCAACAAAUUGAUGCUUCUACCAUGAACAAGGACUCUUUCAUGAUCUUACUCCACCAAUUCAAGAUUAGAACCCGUUCCUGAUAUCUUCAUUUCUUCAUAACUUUCUUCACCUGGAAUGAGUGUUUGAGAUUUAGGUGACCUAUUAUUGUAACCUAGUGAAUUAUAUUGAAGGCUUAAUUGAUAGUCUUUCCCAAUUUUUUAUUCUUAUUUCCGUUAGUUGAUUCAUAAUAUUCUUUUAAUUUAAUAUAAUCGCAUAAUGCUACUUAAAUGAGAUAUAAAUUACGACAGGUUUACUGUGAAAUGAUUUUCUUUGGUUCUAUUGGAAUUUCGUGGAUCUGUUCUAAAAUGUUUCUCUUUUAUAACAUUUAUUCUGUGGAAGUUGGGUUGUUGUUGUUUUAAAAGUGAUUGUAAAUAUAAAUGUUUUAUUUAAAAAAAAAAACUCAUUUGUUUUUAAAUUGCGUUUUUUUUAAUCUAAUUCGCAGAUAUGAAGGGUUUAAUAGUGAAUCUAAAUGAACUUGAAAUAAUAUAUGACCCCAUUAAACUAUCCUUACUGUACAGCCUUCAUAUUACUUCAUAAAUCUAUAGUUGAAUUAAAAGAACUUCUGACACUAAGGGAUAUGUGGAGCAGAGAUAUGGAGGAAGAUUGAGUAACAGUUCAGCCAAUUAGAGUCUUAGAGAAAAGCUCGGUUGCCAAGUUGUCAAAACAGGCUCAAUCAAUGCAGUGCUUUCAGAGAGGAAACUAAUUAGGCUAUCUUAAGGUGUUGAACACUCACUUAAGACUACAGAACGCCUUCCGCUUUAGCACGGCAACAUCGCCGCUGCUGUAUCCCUACUUUUUCUGCUCAACAUACCCCUCCAAAAGUUGUAAAAUCUUCUAAUUCAAAAAUAAUUCUUUCAUAAAUAGUCUAUCUUUCACACAAGUUAUGCUAGCUAUUCAUCAUUUUUUCAUUUUAUUAUUAGUUCAUUUAAAAAUGAAAUGAAUCUAUCAGUAGUUCAUUUAACAGUAACAGUGUUACUGUUUUUCAGUAACACUUUACCAAAUACUCAUCUAUCAUUAUAGUAUAAAAACUUUUGAAUAAUAAGUUUGCUGAAAAGUUUCUGUUCUGUACAUUCUUGUUUUCUUCCAGAUAGUCUAAUUUAUUUUAUUUUCGAUUUUAUUAUUUUAUACUCAAUCUGUAUUUAUUUAUGAUUUUAAAUAUCAAUUUUAUUUAUAGAAUAUAUGACUUUAUCCUUAAUCUACUUAUACCAACUACCAGUUUGAUCUUUAUCUGAUGUUUUUAUUUUUGCUGCCAUUCAUAUCAAUUUUAUAUUAAAUUGAAUCACUCAUUUUCAUUUUUAACCAACUUUUUUUGACUUCAUUGCUCAUGAUACUCUGUACUAUACCAUUUUUAGAAUUCAAGACCUCACAUCAAAACUUAUUAAAGACAUUAUUUUUAUAAUUUUAUAAACUCAACGUUGAAUAAAUUUCAAAUAGAAUCUAAGCUACUAUUAGAACAGUACGAUAACUUUAAAGUAGAUAAUAGGUGUAAUUUACUUGUAUUUCCAGUUUAAAAAUCCUUUUUCAUGUUUUUUUGUAGUAUAAACAUGGUUUUAAUU